AUGUCGAGCAAAAGUGCGAAACGAAAAUAUGAUGAAUUGGCUGAUGAGAUGCAAAAUACAGAACCUACUUCAACAGUGUUUGAUAAACUUGAGAUUUCAACCGAAUAUAUUAUUAUUUGGUUCGAUGAAAACUUCGAAAUGAGAAAACAAUACAUGAUAAGCAAGAUCAAAUUAAGAGCUAUUGUGGAUUAUUUAAUGUGGUUUGAUGAUAUGGACCGGUGCGAGGCAUAUCUACGUCGAUUAAAACAUGAGUAUGUAUAUUUUGUUAUAUCAUCUGAUACAGCUCAACCAGUCGUCGACCGUGUUCAUGAUCUUCGCCCGGUACAUUUAAUUUAUAUUUAUAAGCACGACAUCGAACUAAAAGUGGACUGGAUUGCUAAGCAUACAAAAAUCAAAACGAUUUUCAACAAUUACAUGGAUCUAUUAGAAAAUUUGUCCAAAGACCUCCAACUAUUUGGUAAACAUUCGAAUCUCGAAGCUGCUGCAUUGUUUUUAGUUAGUAAAACCGAACGUACGAUUCAGCUUGAUGCAGCGCGUACAAAUUCACAUUGGUUUGCAUUAUUCCUACGCGCCCUUAUCGAAAUUGCACCGCCAUCAAAUAACAAAGAGAAGUUUGUUCAUGAGUGUAAAUUAUUUUAUAAAAAUAAUGAAUCCGUUUUGAAAGUAAUUGAUGAAUUUAACGAAACAUACGAAGCUGAGCACGCUGUUUGGUGGUAUACACGUGCAGGAUUUUUAUAUCGUCUUCUUAAUCAAGCAUUACGACAACAGUAUCAAGACGCGGUAGUACUACUUCAUUUCUUCAUUGUUGAUCUAUAUAAUGUUUUACAUCGACUAUAUGAACAACAGAUCGACGAUACUGCUGAAAAGGAAAUAAUGUAUCGCGGUCAAUUGAUGAAUAAAACAGAGCUUAAAGUAUUAACUGACAACACAAAUUAUGCGAUGUUGAUAAAUAGUUUUCUAUCCGCAACACUCGAUCGCCAAGUAGCAAUGAUCUUUGCAGGAGCAAAAUCAACAACUCUUGAUGAUCCGGUUCAGUCAGUUCUAUUUGAAAUAUCUGUACAACAUGUCGAUACAUGGGGUAAAGAAAAAGUCUUUGCAAAUAUUCAAAAUAUGAGCUUUAAUCAAGACGAAAGUGAAAUUUUAUUUACACCUGGUGUCACUCUUGUACAACGUGAAGUACUUUACAGCGAAGAAGAAAAAGCAUGGAUUGUACAUAUUGAUAUGCAUCCAUUGAACACCGCUCUACGUUUAACAAUUGAUCAACAACUAAUGGUUCUAGAAUUAGAAUUACAUAUUUUGAUAAUUGAAAAUGAAGGAAAAAUAAGUCAAAACCCCGAUAUCAAUUUUACUAACACUAUAAAUCAAUAUAUUGUACCAAUGGUCAAACGAAUCACAAAUGAAUCUCAUGAUUUAUCGAAUCGAUUUGUUUUUCGUAUUUUACGCAAUGAACUUCGUCAAUUUUUUUAUAUUCCGUCUGACCAUACCAUUCGUUCAACGCUACAUGGUUGUUUAGGUACAAUUUGUCGUGACAAGAAAGAUUUUAGUGGUGCUGUAGAACACUACCUAAAAGUCAUUGAUGGCAGUGAGAGUCGAAAGUUUUCCUAUCAGGUAAACUUGGCAUUUGUAUACAAGCUACAAGGUAAUUUUGAACAGGCAUGGAUUGUAUGUAAAGAUUUGAUACGGUCAGCUCAAGAAGAUACUAAUAAUGAAGUUAACGUCUAUGAAGAAGUGGCAUUUGGAUCGAUUAGGCCAACAAGUUUAGAGCCAUAUGAUAUUCCUGCAGAAGAUGUUCGUAAUUGUGAAGAUUUUAUCGAUUAUACUGUACAAAAUGCUGAUUGUGAGCUUUAUUGGAUCGAGAUAAAGCAAGCAUAUUUACUAGCUGGUAACUUCUAUAACGAAUCAGAAUUCGUUCUGAGAUGUUUCAAAAAAGCCUUAGCAAUUGUUGAAAAAUAUGCACCAACAUGUCAUAACGAAUUAUCUGAGUGUUAUCAAAGACUUGCUGAGGAAUAUCAUCGCAUUCCUGAUAUUCAAUUAGCUAUCGACUACUAUAAAAAAGUUAUUGAGGAAAAUCUUGCGUUUAGUAUGGAGGACGAUGAUAGUGACACGAAAAGUUAUGAUAGCGAUCGUGACUCGGCGUGUGACACUGCUCUUGCUUACAGCAAACUGGGUCAACUAAGAGCUGAAUUAGAUGAUGACAUAGAAGUUUGGAAUUCUUUUCGAGCAUCUUUUAACUGUUGGAAACAUGUGAGUCCGGGCGAUCGCUGCUUGUAUAGUCUGGCAGAAUCGUAUAGAUGUCUUGCUCUCGUGUAUGAACGUCAGCAAGAGUGGGCUCACGCGAUUAAUCAGUAUGAGCUAAUGCUCUAUAUGACUCUUGAAAGAGAUCCAGAAGACAAACGUGCUGUUGACGAAUGUUGUACGUCAAUCUUGGAUAUUCAAAAGAAAUUAAAUGGAAUAGAAUCAACGACAAAAGAGCAAUUAUUAAACCGUUAUAAUAGUCGAUUACCAUUGACUCAAACCGACCUCACUCCAAUCAUUAAUCAAACUUUUACAGAAAUGAAUGAUAAAUUAAAUGGCAUCAAGGAGCGUUCGAUCAACAUUUCAUCUCGAACUAAUGAAUGA